AUGGCUCAUUCUGGGGAACGAGACGUGUUUUGCAUUUGCAAACGCCCCGAUGACGGCAGCUGGAUGAUUGCUUGUGAAAAAUGCGACGAAUGGUUUCAUGGGAAAUGUAUUGGACUGACCGAGGCUGAGGGCGAUCUGGCUGUCGAAUUCUGCUGUGACAGCUGCAGUGCAAAAUACAACAUCCAGUCCGAAUGGCGACUAAAGUGCCAACUUCCAAGCUGUUAUGCGGCAGCCGACGUUGAGAAAGACAGCAAAUUUUGUUCAGCAGACCACGGCAUAGCAUUUUUCCGCGAGUUGGCUCAAGGACUCGUGGGAGUGCCAGAACAAGAUCUGAGGGUGUUGGUAGAAAGCAGCGGAUCGCAAGAGAAAUUCAAGGCCCUGGGCAUCCAGACACCAGAAUUUGAUGCAAAGAUUGAGCCUCCACCGGACCAAGUAGCUAAAUGGGAGGCCAAAAUCCAGAAAAUCCAGGAGGCACUCAAGUUCCUCGAGUCUUGUCGAGAAACCAAGAAAGAGCUCAGCCAGCAGGCGACUGAAGCAGAGGGUACUAAGCGGGAAAUAUGUGCGUUCAAUUCCAAGCUUUCUGACCCGGACUCUGAAGAGGUUUGCAUGCUCGAGCAGCGCAAGUGUAUCCAGCACAAACAAUGGCCGGUAAUUUUCCAAGAACGCUUAUUUAUUCAACAACAAACUGCCGCAAAACGACUCAGGCAGCUGCAAAAUAGCCAACGGGGGCUUUCUCAAGUUGUACUUUAA